AUGGUCCACAAUACAACUCAUCAAAACUCUGAAGACAUUUAUCAAAAUGUCGAUGACAAUAAUUAUGUUCAUCAAAACAUGAUUUAUAAUUAUCACAUUCAUCAAAACCCUGGAGAAAUUUAUCAAAACAUUG